CGGGGAUUUGUAUGAAUACGGGUGUGGAUGAUCAUUAGGCGUCCUCGUGUCCGUCUCCGUUGUUUACUUACAGCUUCAAACGAGCGCAUUUUAUUAUUCCGUGUUUAUGAGGCGUGUAACUGAGCUUCAUUAGAGCUGAGUGAACAUGUCUCGACUUGUCCUAGGGUUAUAAACGUGUUGCUUAGGAUUUUAAUUAGAGUUUGGAGUUUAAACAUCAGCAUGGAGGUGGAGAGAGAUUUCAUGAACAGCCCUCCACCUAAAGCUGUGCGCUUUGGGGACAGUGUUGUCAACACUCUGGCUAAACUCAAGCAGGGAAAUACAAGUGACUAUGAGAUGAUAAAGCACCAACUUUCAGACCCUGACAUUAAGGACGCUCAGAUCAUCAGCUGGCUGCAGGAGUUCAGGUUGUGCGUCACACAACUCGGCAAAGAACACGAACAGCUCAUCUACAUGGUUCUGAGGCUGCCUUGGCUGGGCCGGAGUUCCGCUGUGGUGGACGAGUACCUGGCCUUCCUCAGUAACCUCAUCUCGGCUCAGACGGUGUAUCUGAGGUCGUGUCUCAAAACGCUGGUCUCUAAUUUCACCCCCAGAAGAGUCAGAAUCCAGGAAGGAAACGUGGACAUAUCGGAUUCAGACGAUGACGAAGAGAACCUGCCCAGGAUAUUCGAUCACUGUCAUCAGGCCUUGCAGAUGAUCGCGAGAUACGUUCCAUCCACCGGUCGCUUCCUGAUGCCAAUCCUCGGCGACAACUUCCCUUUUGUACAGAAAUCCUCCAGAACUCUGGAAUGUUAUGUUCAUAACCUGCUGCGUAUCACGGUCUAUAUUCCGGCUCUGAGACGAGACGCUCUGGAGCUCAUCAUCAGUAAGAUGCUCACACUGGAUGUGAGCGCCCCCCGCAGUGAGAUCGAGGAGACGGAGAGUGUGAGAGAGCAGAACCACGACACAGGGACUGAUGGAGACUUUCUGUUCAACAUGGACGAGGACGUGGACGAAGGCUCUCCUCUUGACGGCGGUCUGCACAUGUUCCACUCCGUAGCCGAGAGACUGGACACGCUGAUGUUAGUGCUGCUGGCCUACAUUAAGGACGCGAGCCACGUUGACGGUGUGUUGGACGUCGAGAGAGUCAAACUUCUGUACAGAGAUCUGGUGUGUGUGUUUGAUAAGCUGGUGCUGCCCACACACGCUUCCUGUCACGUGCAGUUCUGUAUGUUUUACCUGUGCAGCUUUCGCCUGGGUUUAGCUGAAGCCUUCCUCGAUCACCUCUGGAAGGUGCUACAGAGUCCGUCUCAGCCUGCUGUCCUCCGCCAGGCCGCUGCAGCCUACAUGGGCAGCUUCCUCGCCAGAGCCAAGUUCAUUCCCAUAGCGACGGUGAGGGCGUGUCUGGACCUGAUGGUUCCUUGGCUUCAUCUGUACAUAGACAGCCAAGAUUCGGGUUCUAAAGCGUUCUGUGACAUUUCGCUACACGGGCCGUUCUACGCUUCCUGCCAGGCCGUGUUUUACACGCUCAUCUUCAGACACAAAGCCAUCGUAGAGGGCAACAUGAAGAAAGGCUUGGCCUAUUUACAGAGUUUGAAUUUGGAACGGAUCGUCAUGAGUCAACUGAACCCGCUGAAAGUUUGUUUGCCAGCCGUCACCAACAUGUUUGCCGCCAUCAUGAGGAAAUAUCAGCUGGUGUUCUGCUACACCAUCAUCGAGCGAAACAACCGCACCAUGUUGCCCGUAGUGAGGAGCUCAGUGGGCGGAGACUCGCUCUCCACCAAUACCAAUCCUCUGGACACCUUUUUCCCCUUUGACCCGUAUUUACUAAAGAGAUCCGGGCAGUAUUUUGAAUCCAUCUAUCAGGUGUGGGAAGAGCCGAGCGACUGCAUGGCAGCUCCGAGGAAAGACGUCGCUAAAAAUUCUACAGAAGAGGAAGAUGACUUCCUGCAUGGGGAAACUCCUAAGGCUGACAUGGUGAUGGGGUCAUAUGAGUCGCACCUACGCAGCCCCAGCAGUGUGGGAUCUCCUCCCAUCGCCUUCCUCCAACGGCCCUUUUGAUACAUACACACACGUUUCCAGCAUUUAGCACACACACACACACACACACACACACACACACACACACUCUAAGAUGGACUGUUUUCUUUACCCCCAAUCGUCUGUAGCAUUCUCCUUCUGUACACACAACCUCAAGAUACAGAUCCUUCAAGAGGCCUCGUGAGCCAUUUUUUUUGUACAUUUCUUAUAACUUAUAAGUUGAAAAUGGAUGACAAGAAUCAAGUGUAAAUAAUAAGAUUUAAUAUUUUAAAAAAGCAAGACAGUUGCUUUAGAAGGUUUUUUCCAAGUCAAAUCCUUUUAAAUGUUCAUUUUUCUUUGCCACGUUCUCUGUCCGUGACCUUAAGCGCUAACGGUAGCUAACUGGUUAACAGGAGAUCCCCCGAUGUUCGGCUAACUCUCACAAGCUAAUCUCGAAGGAUGCUGUUUCCUUUCGCAUCCAUACAUAUUCAUAAUAUUCAUUAAUUCCGAAGCUAACCUAACAGGAAUUCUCACAUCUUAGCAAUCCCUUAGAGUUAAAUUGAAUAAGCAAUCUUUAUGUCGCUCAUGUUGGCUAACUUUACAUGUUUACAUGUGAGAUAUUUUUAUAAAUAUUUAUAGCAUUCACUGUUAGCCAUAUUCGGUGUUUCUAAUUUUAACAUCUCAUGCUAUUUAAGUGGCUGACAGGAUUUCUGAGAACUGUAAAUCUGUACAUAUUUAUAAUCGUCAGGGCUAGUGAAAGCUAGCUGGCUAAUAUUUCUCAGUUUAAUCCUGACGGUCGGCUAGUUCACGUGAGCAAACCUGCUAAUAUUUCUGCAGCGAUUUUUAAAAGAUAUUUGUAUUCACUGCUCGUAAUCAUACUUGUUAGCUAUCAGCUAUUAUGACGUGACAGGACUUUCCGGUUAUAUAUUUGUGAGCGUUAAUAACGCUCACGGCUAAUGCUAGUCAGCUAGCAUGGAAGGUUCGUGUUCACGGGUGGCUCUGUAUGUUUGUGCUUCUCCAGCUUUCAUCAGGCUUUUUUUUUUUUUAUUUGUAAAACAUUGUAUUGAUUAUAAGAUAGAAAAAUAUCUAUAACACAAUGAACUUUUAGUUAAUACUUUAAACUGACUCGAGUAAAUCGAGACAAAUAGUUUUGGUCAUCCUUUAAAAAGAUAAACGUUUCCUGCAAAAAAAAACAACCACAGGCUCAGAUUCAACUAGUGUGUUAAUUAAGAGGAAAUUUUAUGUUAGAAAACCAUCCUUUACACAGAUGUAAGGUUUCUGUUAACGGUUGUGGUAAAUGUUUAUAUUUGCAUAUGCAAAUUAGGUAUGAAUUUAGUGAAUAUGUGCUGUUUGCUGCAGUUCUGCCACAAAUCGACAUUUUGUGUGUUUGUGGCAAAUAUGUGGCUAACUUUACAAUAAAAUACAAAACUGAUGAUUAAA